UAGCAGAACGUCGGUGAUCCAUUCUUCACGGCUUUAGUCAAUUAUGUGUUACAAAAUGUCUGUUUUCUUUAAUUUAAUUCAUUGACAUUUAAUAGUUUAAUUUCAUACAUUUUCUAGUAUAUAAAUUACCUGAAACACAUUCAUCAUUUAACUUCUAAUUUAGCUGAUUCAACCCAAAACGAAAAAGAAGAACAUGGCUGGCUCUUCCUUGCAAGCUCUAAUUGCUAAAAGAUUAGAGGGCAGGGUAGCCUUAAUAACAGGAGGAGCUGCCGGAAUCGGCGAAACCACCGCACGACUAUUCGCCAAACAUGGUGCUAAGGUCGUGAUUGCCGAUAUCAAUUCCAAAUUAGGUCAAUCCGUAGCUUCACAAAUACAGUCCGAGUUCAAACAACCAGUCAGCUACGUUAACUGCGAUGUUACGAACGAAACCGACGUCGAAAACGCAGUCAACACAGCCGUUUCAUUACACGGAAAACUCGACAUAAUGUUCAACAACGCAGGCAUCGCUAGUCGCGACAAAAGAAUAGAAUCCGUCGAUGGGGAUACCUUCCGUCGAGUGAUGGACAUAAACGUCUACGGCGGAUUCUUGGGAGCCAAACACGCAUCAAGAGUAAUGAUUCCUGAAAAGAAAGGGUGUAUUCUGUUCUCUGCAAGCGCUGCUUCAUUAAUGAGCGGCGGACCGUACGCUUAUACAGCUUCGAAACAUGCGGUCGUAGGGCUAACGAAGAAUCUAGCGGUCGAAUUGGGAAAGUUUGGUAUACGAGUUAAUUGUAUUUCAACUAUUUUUGUGCCAACUCCUUUGGCAAUUAAUGGAAUGAAUCUGAAAGCUGAGCAAGUUCAGGCAGUGUCUUCGAGUAUAGCUUGUCUGAAAGAGGUAAAAUUAGAAGCUGGUGAUAUUGCUGAAGCAGCUUUAUACCUUGCAAGUGAUGAGUCUAAAUUUAUCAGUGGCUUAAAUCUUGUUGUUGAUGGAGCUGCAACUUUGGCAAAGAUUUAAUUUUGUUACAGGGUUCAGGUUUAGUUAGCUGCUUCUUUUCCUAAUUGCAAAUCAUUUGUGUACUGUGUUAUAAUAGAUUAGAUAAAUUAUCCGAUACAAUGAUACGUUACGUCACGUUAUUUUAUAAUAUUUUUUUCUCAUUUUUAUAUCUGUUAUGUUUUAGAUAUGUAUAAUGUACUGAUUGUUUAAAUUAUUUUUUCAUCUUAUUUAUUUCGCAAGACUUUUAUGAA